GCGGGGGGGGGGGGGGAGCCGUGAUCCCAGGCUGCUGCCUGCUGAAGCCUAGCUGCCAAGUGCUGGACUUGCACCCAGGAGCCAGAGCAGCAGCAGAGGGGACAGGAAGACCAAGGGGGGCGGUGUGCAGAUCCAACCUUCCUUCAAGGGCCCAGGGAGAGGGGAAGGCAGCCAGGAGGAGCAGGAGCAGCAGCCGCCGCCGCCAUGAGCUUCCUUAUCCGCCAGUGCGCUCCCAAGGACAUGAAGGACCUCAUGCGGUUUGUGAGGGAGAUUGCAGGCUUAUACUGCGUCCCCGUGGACACGAUCCGCAUCAAAGAGGAAGAUUUGAAGGAGGCUGGAUUCGGGAAGCACCCCAGAUACGAGUGCUUUGUGGCUGAGGUUCCUCCCGAGCAAAAAACCAAGGAAGGUCACACUCUCAUCGGGUACAUCCUGUCCGUCUACACCUAUAGCAUUUGGAGAGGGAAGAACCUGUACAUCGACAAUCUGUACGUCAUGCCCGAAUUUAGAGGUUACCUAAGCCAGUGGCCUUCCUCACGCCCUUGGCAGCAAAUGAAGCCUGUACAAAAGGCAUUAUGUAACGCACCAAUAAACACACAGAUUCCAUCAAUUAGCUGGAAAUUGGAUGAAAAGUUUCUUCCUCUUGCCAGUGCAGGAUCUGCCGCUAAUUAAAGUCAUUGGUGAAUUUUAGGAUUAUGAGAAAGGGAGAAAAAUGUGUCUUUCUUCUGUAGAGGUGUGCACUGCUUUGCUUUCGUUUUUAAGCCAUGUUUAUUUUUUGGGCGCCUGUUUGUUUGUUUAAAAUUCUGGCUUUUCAGUGUUUAGUUUUCCUUUCAUUUCAGGACCCACUCAAAGAGUUCCAAUUUGUUUUGAGGGUUUCCAAAUAAAAAACUUAUUGCUUUCA